CCUUAGCGCGCACAUUUAGAGGCCACCCACACAGCGUUCCAAGGCGAUGGCAGCCAUGACGAUGACCAAGGAGGGCUGGUGCCUUAAGACGCACCGCGGCAGCAAGUUCAACAAGCGCUCCGAGCGGCGCUACUUCAAGCUCGAGGGCUUCAACGUCGCGUACUUCAAGAAGGACACGCUCGCCGACCGCACCGGCAAAUUCGACCUGCGCAAGGUGACCGAGAUCUCGGCCUGCGCCGGCGAGGACUCGGACGCCGACCUCGUGCUCGUGCUGCCGGGCAAGCGCAUCUGCGUCAAGUUCGAGGCGGACGCCGAGGCAUGGAAGACUCUGAUGUGCUCGGCGGCCGCUCAGUCGGCCGUCGCCGCCGACCUCCAGGCCUACCACAGCGAGGAGCUGCACGCCGCCUUCUCGGGCACGUACGCCGCGCAGAAGGGCGUGUCGUCCGCCUCGGUGCUCAAGUACACCUCCGGAGCCUCCUUCCUCACCUCGCCGCGCGCCGAGACGCCAAAGGCAACCGCCCCAAAGCCGGCGCCCGCGCCCGAGGCGGUGGCGCCGGCGGCCCGCAGCCUCGCCCCAAAGUCGCGCGACGUCGAGCCGGAGGCCGUCGCCACGACCGCCGCCGCCGAGUACGCCACGGAGGCGCCCGCCGCGUCGCCGAUCCCCGCCGAGGAGGCGCCCGCCGCGCCCGCGGCCUCGCCGCGCAAGGAGAAGAAGUCGCCGCGCAAGUCCAAGACCAAGGCCGCGCCGGCGCCGGCGCCCGAGCCGGCGCCGGUGAGCUCCGCGGCCUCGGAUGAGGAGCUCGAGGCGAACCGCAAGGAGUGGUACAACUUCGCGAUGGAGAAUAAGGACUUGCAGAUGGCCAAGGAGCUCUACGUCGGACACGAGGAGGAGGCGCGCGUCAAGGCGCUCGAGGCCGAGGCGGCGACCGGGUGCGCGGCGGCGGGCGACGCGGAGCUGGAGGCGGCGCGCGUCGAGUGGCUCGAGUUUCACGUCAAGGCGGGCGAGUACGAGGAAGCUCUCCAGAUGUGCGUCGACGACAAGGACUACGCGCUCGUGCACGACGCGCAGGAGGCGAACCGCGGAGAGUGGCUCGCCCACUCCCUCGCCAGCGAGGAUGUCUACAGCGCGGGCAACUACGCGGUCACCGAGGAGGAGCUCGCGGCUGUCGAAGACCUCAAGAUCAAGAAGGAGCUCAAGGCCGGCAACUACGGCAAGGCCAAGAAGCUCGCCAAGACGCCUGCGCAGCACGAGCUGGUCGACGCGAGCGAGGAGGCGGCCCGCAAGGUGUGGCUCGACUACCACACGCAGGCCGGCGAGUUCAAGGAGGCCGGCAAGUACACCGUGAGCGACGGGGAGGCGGCCGCGCUCAAGGCGGCCGAGGCCGCCUACCACGAGUCGGAGCGCGCCACCACCUUUGAGGCUGCGCUCGCCGCCGGCAAGUACGAGCAGGCGAAGAAGCUGGCGUCGGGCGAGGCGGAGCUGGCGCAGUUGGACGCCAAGCGCGAGGCGGACCGGAAGGAGUGGUUCAACUACUCGAUGGACACUGGCGACUUCAAGAACUGCUACGUCUACGCCAUCAGCGAGGAGGAGGAGGCGGCGGUCAAGGCGGCGGAGGAGGCGUACCCGGAGAAGUGCCGCGUCGAGUGGCUGACCUUCUACCUCGCCGAGAGCGACUGGAAGCACGCGCGCGACCUCUGCGUCACCGAGGCGGAGUACGCGGACGUGGACGCAAAGCAGGCGGACGACGAGAAGGACGACGUCGCGCAGGCCGAGGAGGCGCACACCGAGAAGAGCCGCCAGGAUUGGCUGUCCUACUACAUCGAGGUGUCCGACUACAGCAAGGCGGUCGGCAUGUGCAUCACGCCAGAGGAGGAGGCGGGGGUGGACGAGAAGUUCGAGGCGAAGCGCGUGGCGUACGUCGCCGAGAUGUGCAAGCAGGGCAAGUUCCACGUUGCGAAGCAGUACGCCCUCAACGAGGAGGAGAUUGCAAAGUGCGACGAGCACGAGGAGGCGCAGCAGGAGGCGUCGCGCCUCGAGUGGUUCGACUUCUACCUCUCCGAGUGCAAGUUUGACAAGGCCGGCGAGCUCGCGUGCACGACCGAGGAGUUUGCGCGCGUCGGCGCCGAGGAGAGCAGCUUCAACGAGAAGUGCCGCCUCGAGUGGCUCUCGCACCACACGGCGAAGGGCGACUACGAGAGCGCACUCGGCCUGGUCGUGAGCUCGGAGGAGCAGGAUGAGCUCAAGUCCACGAUGGAGACGUACCGCGUCGAGCACCUCAAGUACUACAUGGAGAUCAAGGACUACGCCAAGGCCAAGAGCACCGCCUGCACCAAGGAGGAGCUUGCGGCCAUCGAUGAGGUGGCGCCCCCGAAGACUCGCUGGUUCGGCCUCUUCUGAGCCGGCGCUACCCGGGUCCGAUCUGGAUGCGCUUGGGUGGCCGCGGGGCGUGGACGCACCGGGCUGCGGUCGGUUGCGCGGAUGCGCUCGAUUCGGGGCAUGCAGUCAUGGACGCCGUGGGUGUGGCUGUGCUGAGAGGGCGGGUGUCUUUGUAGUGCAACGAUUACUACUCAACUCUCACUAUCCCGCUC